AUAUCUACCAGACCGGGCAGUGGCAAACACCAGAGUCCCGGGACACACACCACCUGGAGCUGCUAUCAUGGACAUCCUGGUCCCAUUUCUGCAGCUACUGGUGCUGAUCCUGACACUUCCCCUGCACCUGCUGGCUCUGCUGGGCUACUGGCAGCCUGUAUGCAAAACCUAUUUCCCCUACCUCAUGGCCAAGUUAACAGAAAAUGCCAACAAAAAGAUGGAAGGCGAGAAACGGAAACUCUUUAGCCCGAUAAAAGAUCUGAAGGAGACCAACGGGAAAGUGACCCUGCUGGAGCUGGGCUGUGGCACUGGUGCCAACUUCCAGUUCUACCCACCUGACUGCAAGGUCACCUGUGUGGACCCGAACCCCAACUUUGAGAAGUUCCUGACGAAGAGCAUGGCUGAGAACAGGCACCUGCAGUACGAGCGCUUUAUCGUGGCCUAUGGAGAGGACAUGAAACAGCUCGCUGAUAGCUCCAUGGAUGUGGUGGUCUGCACCCUGGUGCUGUGUUCUGUAAAGAGCCCAAAAAAAGUCCUCCGGGAAAUCCAGAGAGUCCUGAAGCCGGGAGGACUACUCUUCUUCUGGGAGCACGUCGCCGAGCCUCGGGGAAGCUGGGCCUUGAUGUGGCAGCAAGUUUUUGAGCCGACCUGGAAACACAUCGGGGAUGGUUGCUGCCUCACCAGAGAGACCUGGAAGGACCUUGAGCAGGCACGGUUCUCCAAUAUCGAAAUGGAAUGGCAGGCCCCUCCCUUCUGGUGGUUACCUGUGGGGCCCCACAUCAUGGGAAAGGCUGUGAAAUAACCCUCCAAAAGGAGUCCCUCUGCUCCCUCCCUGCCUGUAGUCAGAAGCCACCCCAGUCAAAGAAGGAGAAAACCUCCUCGGCGCCACCGCCACGCCAAAUUUUGCCCAGCCACCUUCUAGGACCUCUACUCUCCCUUUCCCUUAGACACGUGGUAAAGUUCUCACUGCCAUCCUUCCGACACUACACCCAUGUGCCCCUCGGAACUGGUCACAUGUUGAUGCGUGUGUUCCCCACCAGGCCACCUCAGCCUCCCUCCCUAUCACCCACUUUGCGCCGAGCUUCAGGGGGCAGAGGGAAGCUAAACCCUCAAGAUAAAAGAAAAGCACUCAAUAAAGCAACCAGCGUUUUUUUUUUUUU